CGGUCACGUGGCCACUUUUGGCCCGGCCCUCGGUUCCUUUACGGCUGCCGCAAAAAAACCGUAGCUGAUUCCGGCGAUCGGAAGUGGAUUUGUGGCAAUGAGACCGCAAGCGGCUGUGGACGGUAAAGUGUUUAUCCAGAGAGACUACACCAAUGGCACUUUGUGUCAGUUCCAGACGAAGUUUCCCUCUGAACUGGAGACCCGGAUUGACAGACAGCAGUUUGAGGAGACUGUGAGGACACUGAACAACUUGUAUUCUGAGGCAGAGAAGCUAGGGGGACAGUCGUAUCUGGAAGGCUGCCUUGCCUGUCUCACUGCCUACACUAUAUUCCUCUGCAUGGAGACACACUACGAGAAGGUUCUGAAGAAGAUUGCAAAGUAUAUUCAGGAACAGAAUGAGAAGAUUUAUGCUCCACAAGGUCUCCUCCUCACUGACCCAAUAGAGAGAGGGCUCCGGGUGAUUGAAAUCACAAUCUACGAGGACAGAAGUCUGACUGGCAGAUAGGACAGGUGACCAAUCCUUUGCAUUGUAAAUACUUUCUGCUGCACAGACCGUCCUCCCUGGCAUUCCUUCAAUCGUCAUUCCCAUGUCUGCAGCACAUCCUUCAUGACUUUUUUUCCUUAUUUUACCCGAUGGACCCAGUGCCCCCUCCCGUGCCAAUCCGUGGCCAUGCCAGCCUGCUGUCUUUAUGGCUGAACAAGCAGAGAAGAGGGAUGAAGAUGGCUUAGCGGAACAGAUAUCGCUCUCGGGGGAGAAUCUUGGGCUUGGGAUUGU